AUUGUUAUGUUAGCAUUUUCGGAAUUUGAAUUUAUCGUAAAAUAUUUUUUCAUUGUACUAUCAGCGCUCAUACUCAUUGGUCUCAUCAACGGGCUCAUGUUGUUACCAGUACUCUUAUCACUUAUUGGGCCACCAUGUGAGAUUCGUCCAUUUGAUGGAAAAUCGUACUUACCCGUUCCGCCACCGUUGAAUCGAAAACGUCAAUGCUCAGGGAAUAUGAACGAUGAUGAUGAUCCGUUAAGGAUACGAGUGGGUGGCGCAUUUGUUGAAAUGCAGGUGAACGGUGGUACGAAGCCAUCCAAGAAGAAUAUUCAUAUAUUUCACGAUUCUUUAUCCACAAUAACCGAGGAAUCUUCCGAGGUUCGCCUGUCACUUUUCCCUCCAACAUUGCAAUUAUGA